GACAGCGUUCCUGGCGAUUGUGGAGUUCAAACAACAGUAAGAUGAGAAAAUGCAACCAGUGAACCUCGACGGUGGUCGGCUUUAGAUCAUAUUAAGUUUCGCUCUUAUGAGGUCGGUUCCUAGUUCUAAAUCACAUAUUUUGAAGCCCUCACAUUUUCUCUCUCGCAAUCUCGAGGGGAGAUAUUUGAUCUUUUUUCGAGCGUGUUUACUAUAUGCGUUGCUGGGUGACAGAAGAAAUAAGUUCCUUGUCCAAGAGUUGGGUUGCGUUCAACUUGGCCAAGAGUACAAAGUCUGGAAGUCUCUGCUGCUGCUGCUGUUGCUGCUGCGGUAACUAUCAAAAACUUCGCCUUGCUUCGGUAUUAUAUAUUGGCAAAGCUAAUCAACUGACGCGAAAUGAGUUCAAACAGAAUCUACCCGUCGCGGUUCAAGAGAGGAGAUAUGGCUUCAGUUUCAUCAGAUAUAUAUUCUCAGCUUGGAUCCCAAAUUUCAUUAGCAGAUGAUAAAGAAGGAGUCUGCAGGAACUGCUGUCCCAGGAGAUGCUGCUUAAUCACAUGUAUAAUCUUGCUCAUUCUUGGAGCGCUGGCAGCUGCUUUAACCUGUGCGAUUAUAUUUGGAAUACCACCCAAACAGCCAAUAAUGCGUCAGUGCAAAACCACAUCAGAUUCGGUGGGCUUUCUGUGCGAUGAUCGCAGUACCUGUAUCAUUUCUACACAGCUGUGCAAUGGCAAAGUCGACUGCAGCAAUGGUGAAGAUGAAUCAGAAUUGUAUUGCGGAAACCUGCCUGAAAGCCUCCCAAAACAUUUAGUUUUCAUCUGUGGCAACCAGAAGACCUGGAUCUACAUAGAUCAAAAGUGUGAUGGGAAAAAUCACUGUGGGGACUGCUCUGAUGAAUCAGAAUUGCACUGCCCUGCUUGUUCUGGAUGGAAAUGUUCGACUGUAUUCUUCAAUGAUUGCGACUGCAUACCGAAGAGUCGCUGCAAAAACAACAUUCAGGACUGCAGUGAUUGGAGUGAUGAGAAUACCUGUAAUAAUUGACAGCCAAAUGUAUUGGUUACUUUACUAUCUCCACAAUACAAUUGAUCUUAUAUAGAUAUUUUAAUUAACUUUGUGCAUUUGGUGCAUAAUACAAGUGAUUUUACAUAGAUAUUUUAAUGAACUUUGUUGUCCUUUGAGUUAGCAGAUACAUUUAUUAUAUUGUGAAUCAGCAAGUACAAUUGCAUGAAGAAAAAAAGUCUUAAUUUAUUUCAUAAACAAUAAUAAAUAUUGUCAUUUGGAUUGUAUGUUAAAUUCAGUUCUGCUUCAUCUCCAUAUUAUCAACCAGGAUUGCCCGCCAAAUAUCUAACUUUGAUAUUCAUUACACUUUCUCCAAUAUCUGCAGUCUUUUGUGUCUCGACUUUAUGAAAUGCAUUAGGCAAGUUAGUCAAGCCCAUUUUUCAAGAAACAUUUUAAAGUAACUAUCUUAUAUUCAUAUGUACUGGGGAUUUACACCACAGGGCAAGCGGCCAUGCACGUUUGCAUUUCUGUGCAUCUGCUGCCCUGUUUCUUCUGGGAUAUAGAAGUCAUGGGAGUUGGAAGUGAGACACAAAAAGCUGAAGUAACUCAGUGGGACAUGCAGCAUCUCUGGAGAGAAGGAAUGGGUGACAUUUCGUGUCGAGACCUUUCUUCAGAAUGGGGUUUGGAAGUGCUUUCAAAGGCAUUUAGUGCAUCUUGUAGCUGGUGCAAGGUAGCCAAUGCUUUAUCUGUUUGACAUUAGGCCCAGUGAUUUUGAAUCAGUAUGUCAAACAAGUGUCGCCCACCACAGAACACCACUCUCUGACAGGCAGCAACUCGUGACAUUGAUGAAAAAUUCAACCAACAAAUACUUGUCACACAGGACCAGAUAAAUGGAUGCCCUCUUGGAGAAAGUUUAAACAUAUGUGUCACCAAUAAUCAUUUGUUAGUGCCUGUUGCAGGGUAGAUGCAAUUCCCACUUUACUAGUUGUGUUAUACAAUGUAGCCACUAUCAAUCUGCCAAGGAUUCAGUUGUGCCCUGGAGUCCAAAUGUGCUGAUGCAUAACUUGUCCUCCAAAAUCAUAUGCCUCUCGGAUCUUGGAUCCUUUGAAAAGAUAAAUAGGUGGGGAAGUUGGUUUCCUUUAAUUUGUUAAUAUACAUGGAUAAUGAGUCUUACAGAUGUUUCUCAGAAUAGACUAUAGGGAAAUAAAUAUGCUCUAUCCAAUCAUGGAUGUAAAAAGCUGCACUUGUUUAUGCAGCUAUCAAUAUUUUAUCCAGAUCAAUAUUGUUCUCCCUCCAAAUUAACUCCGUAUACUCAUGGGUCUAGCCUUGAUCACGCAGUCCGAGUCUCAGUCCCACCAUAUCUACAUUGCUAAAAGUCUGAUCUAGACCGCUUUUGGCCCACUGUGCUGCGAUUUCCGAAAGAACGCUGCCACCUACGGCUGUCAUUUUUGGCCACCUCGUUCAGAACCCCCCUCCGCCUUCCGGGAUCGGAGGAUUUUUCCCAUCAAUGAAAAAUCAGAGAGAUAUUACUGUUUUUUAAAAUGUCACCAUUCUCUCUGCUGCCCCCGCUGCCGGCAGAGGGGAGGGACUACAAAACCCGGACGUGUAUUUCCUCACUCAGUCUCUGUCACGGCUCUCUGAGCUGCGAAUAACACUGAAUGCACGUCUACUCCACGGUGAGUCCCCUCGAUGUGGCUGUAAAGUGGCUGCUGCCCAAUUGUUUGCCUCGAUUUUUUUUUAAAGUUUGUGUUCACAAAAUGGAUUUUGGUUGUCGGGUGGCUGCCGCCCAAUUGUUUGCCUCGCCUUUUUAAAAUGUUUGUGUUCACAAAAUGAAUUUUGGUUGUCGGGUGGCUGCAGCCAAAUUGUUUGCCUUGGCUUUUAAAAUCGUUGCAACAGUUGGCGGCCAGCCCAAGAAUCCAUUCAGCUCACAAUGUCUAUACUAGCCCUCUAGAAACCAGUACCUUCAGCCCACAACACCCAUACUAGCGCAACAGAAACCCCCCCCCCUCCCUCUGGCAAGCAAUAUUGGAAUUGGUGGAGAGGUGGAAUAUUGCGUUGGUGACCAGCCCUACCGUGUGAUGCUGGGACCCAACAGGUCCCAGUUAGUCUAGUAUCAAUUAAAAAUAAUGUGUAGGAAAGAUGCUGGUUCAUACUUCAUAAUCAUACUUCCUUUUGUGCCCACUCUGGAGAAACAGGUUUUCCAACUAAAUUACAAGAUUUAUGGCAGUCCUUUUUCACUGCAUAAUUUAUGUAUAGCUUGUUUUUGUGUGUUUAACGAGUUUUUGCCUGUGAUGCUGCUACAAGAUUUUAUUGUACCUGUACCUCACCAUACAUGUACAUGACAAUAAAUACUUACCUUGAAAUACUUUAUUUUGAAAAUACCAUCU